CGACCUACUCCUCCUCCUUCCCCCUUUCCCUCUCUCUCUCUCUCUCCCUUCUCGUUCACUAGUCAGACUGGGUUUCAGUUUCAGUGCCACAGGCACAGACAGUGCCAGUAUAGAUCACACGAGCGAGAGACGAACAUCGCCUCAGCAACUCUGCUGACUGUGCCAACUCACUCGAACAUUUCCUGAAAUUAAUCCAAAUCCAAACUCAGCUUCAAUUGGAAAGCAUAAUAUAAAAAAACAAGGAAUAUUCUUAACGAACUUCCAUCGACAUUAAUCAUUAAAAAUGCGGGCAACAACGAAGUGUCUUUGCACAUGCGCGAUAACGCUAGCCAUGGUGUGCGCCGUGACGUCAGCCGUAGCGCAAAAGAACCUGCCGAGACCACUGCCACUGCCUGGCAGUGACGUCAUCAGGAACAGUGCCGUCUUAAACGAAGGCAAACGUUACGGCAGCUCCGUGCGGAAUGACGUGAGGCGGUACGAAACCGUGCCCUCGAUGCACGUGUCCGACGGGCACCGUCUGAUCACGCGCGCCCUCUGGAGGAUAUUCGACGCCCUCAUGCAGAAGAAGGAUCACUCGGCUUUGUACAGCAGGAUGACCUUCGUGGAGGAGGCCCUCAAGAAGAUGAUCUCCGUCGAUUCUCAACUCGAGGAUGAGAUCGACAAGCUGAAGGACGACAUGGUGACUUGCAAGGCAGAGCUCAGCGCAAUGACGGAAGAACUCGGACGGGUCAAGAGCAUCAACUCCAGGCUGGAGCAACUGGAGGAAGCGUACAGCCGGUUCAGUGGGUCCGAUGUUGCGGAGCCUCAACCACAGCCUCAGCCCCAAGGAGACCAGCACCAAGCUGGCUGGGCAGCCGCCGCCUAUUCUUCCUGCCCCGCACCUUUCGAGAAGGUGGGUGGAGAGUGCUUCUAUCUGUCCGCAACCGAGAUGAAAGGAUGGGAGGAUGCCAGAAGAGAAUGCGGUAGGAUGGGAGGAGACUUGGCCUCCCCACGAAGCCUCCGAGAUCUCCGCCUCCACCUCAACAGUACCACAAAUGCUCCCGAGUACCUCUGGGUUGGCGGUUCCAAAUCAACUGACGGUUCCUGGGUGUGGUCUUCUGGACCUAUGGCUGGAAUCCCAGUGGAUAUGAGCAAAGAGACGUGGAAUGACGAGGUACCCAGUGGCCCGGGAAGAUGCAUGGGACUUUUCAAGCAGAGGGCCUACAGAGCCUACAACUACGACUGCAAAGAGCUCGACUACUUCGUUUGCCAAUACUUCUUCUAAGGAACAAAACAAGAAGAAGAAGAAGCCAGUACACCAAGAAAGAAGAAGAGGAAGAAGAAGAAGAAGAAGAGAGAAAGCCAGCCAUCUCGAUGUCAAGAAGUUGGUGCGUCUUGGACAUUGCUGGUUUAUGAUGCGAAUCAAGCGAUUGGAAUGAGCACACAGCGGGGCGACAACAAUUAUGGAUGAUCCCUUUCGAACUGCAGCGGAGACCGAUCCGCUGUUACUCGUCGGUGAUUGGUGGUGGGCUCUGAUGAAAACCAAAGACUGUUUCAUGUACUAUGAUACUUUUAAUUCAUUCAUGCGCCAUGUAAGGGAGUCUGCCAUUUCGCUGCAAUUGUUUAGUAAUGUUGGUGCCAAAAAUUCUGAAAUUGUGUUAACUUUUUUUUUGUAAUAUAUAUACUAUAUAUAUAUAUAUAUAUAUAUAUAUAUAUAUAUAUAUAUAUAAUCUAGAUACAACAUCAUGUGUGUAUAAUUCGUACACACACCCGUAUGUGAAGAAGUAUCAACCAUUCAGAAAAAAAAAACUUCACCUGUAAAUUCUCUCUCUAAAUAUAAGCUCGCAAUGUGCCAGACCAUCCAGUAUAAAACUUCCGCAUCGCUCGUCCUUUUAAUACAUUAGAGGCUGUUCUGUUGAGGUUUUUUCUAAUUAGCUUUUUUUAGUUUUUUUUUUCAUUCUCGUCAGCAGAAGCAAAAGGAGGAGUGUGGCUCCAAGGGCUCUCUAAUGCAAUUAGUAAAAACAGUGGGGGCUUUAUUUUCUUUCUCAGAAUCUCCACUCUCUCUCUCUCUCUCCUCUCUCUCUCUCUCUCUCUCUCUCGAACUUUAAAUGUUCUUGCACAGAAUUAAAUCUUUUAUUUUUACAUAUAAAAAAAAUAUUUUCAGUGUAUUUAUUUACCUUAAACCGACUCUGCCCUCCACACGUAAAUCUGAUAAGCUAGGAAAUUGCAAAAUUUGUGCUGAUUCAUUAAAUGUUGCAAAGUAUCCGCCCUUUGAUGCGGUAUUUACUGCAGGCUGUAAAAUAUUAUCCUUGCUAAUGUUUACUGACAUGGGAAACUUUAUUAUCCUCCACAUUCCGGAUCAGAUUAUCAUCAGCAAUUUUUAAAAUAAAUGAAAAACCAAACGGAUAAAUGAAAAUAUAAACAUGGAGAUACUCCAUGAUUCAGUAACUCUACUUUCCGUCGUGGGUUACUUAGAUGAAUCUUGGUAACUGGGUAACUGAAUACUCGGAGGUAAUCAUCAAACAGACUCACAUGCACAACAUACAACAUACCUGGGUUACUUUGAUAAAUUUUGGUAACUGGGUAACUGAAUACUCGGGGGUAAUCAUCAAAUACAAAUAUGCUUUGAGACUCACAUCCAAACAUAGGCCUUUGUACAAUUCCAAAUCAUUCUGCUUCAAGACAAUAAACUCUUGAAAAGUAGACAUGAAAAAUCAUGCGUAUAUUAAACCAGCCUGAAGCACUGACCAAUAAUGAAUCUGAGUUUGGUAGUAAUAAUAAUAAAAUCAAUCAGAUUUACGUCUGGAAGGCACCAUAGGAAUAGUUAGGAUACAUCUAAUAUUGUAUUUUCUUUGCAUUGAAGGUUACCACCUAUCACCGAGCUUCCCUUUUUUUUCACAGUUUUAUCUCGUGUGUUUGUAUGCUUUGUUUCCCUCCUCCAACCUUAAUUUUAUUCACUCAGUGUGUCAAUUGAGUCAUCGGAUGUAUAAAGAUGUAUAAAUUAUGUGAUAAAAAAAAAUUGUCCCACAAUGGAGCGCAACUUUGUCGUAGGUUCUGAUUCAUUACAUUGUACCUUAUCGCGGUUCUUGCAGGAGCUGAUAAUGCAGUGGUGUUGUCAUGCAAUCAUGAAUGUGCUAAAUAAAUGCGAGGAAAAUUGAUGUAAGAAUUAUUGGUUUUUUCAGUGAUAUGAUAUAUAAAAUUGUCUUUAAAAUA